CGGGAAGUGGAGAGUUAAAGUCGAAAUCUCGCCACUACAGAUCUAGUUUAGUGGAAACACCUUCACAUACAGGUGGUGUUAAUGAAGAAAUAAGGGAAAAACAAUUGAGAAGAUUAGAAAGGGAUAGAGAAACGAGGAGAGCUGGGGUGUAUGCAGAGUCAAGGGUCAAAGAUAAAAAGGACGCUGAUCGAGAUGGCUAUAGACACCGAAAUGACACUUAUGGUGAUCGGGAAAGACGAAAAUAUGAAAAAGGAGAGCGUAGUAGCCGUAGAUCUCAAAACUAUAAUGGAGAUAAAAGGGAUGAGUUUAGGGAGCCAAGAUCUCGCCGAAGUGAAUGGGAAGAAACGCCAUACAGGAGUAGUAAGUCUACAAGAGAUGAAAGUUACACUCCAAGACACAAGUCUAAGGGUAUGAUUAUCCUUUGUCUAGCCUCAUCUGCAGAAUAUGCUGUCACUUCCAAGCUUUAUCCCUUAAAAGGCUGUUUCAUUUAAUAUCUGUACCUCCCUGUUGGGGACGAAUGGAACUCCUCAUGGGUAUGACUUGUUGUAAAAAUUGAGGAUUUCUUUGGGGGUAGAGUAAAAGAACAUGGAAGGCUUUAAUUUCCAUGAAAUUCUUCAAGCGUAGACCCAUAUCCUUGAGGAGGUAGACCCAUAUGUGAUAGAAGUAUUUAGGGGUGAAUAGAAUUUUAUUCAAUCUUCAGGGGUAAGAAGAAAAGAUAAAUCCUCAACCAGGGGGUAUGGAUAUUAAAUGCAAUAUAUUUAGCCGAAGAAGCUUUGUAUGUGGAUAUGCAUUCAUUCUAUAAACCUAAUGUGUGCUUUAUAUGCUGUUCUAAGUGUAUAUCAAAGUGGAUUUGCAGUGACUAAUAAUUGAUUUAAAGGUUUUUUAUCAACCUGAUAGGUGGAUAUGUGGAUAUGUUGUGACAAAGUGGACUUGCAAUAAAUGUAAUGAUCAUGUGAACACAGAUGGACCUAUUUUUAGGAAGCACUUUAAAGUGACAAGGCAGUUAUUAACCUGAAUGAUGCUUCUGUUAGAUAUUAGAACACCUUCACGGAGUAGUUGGGAUGAUGAGGAGUCAACACCCAGCAGGUCAAAAUGGGAAAUGCCAUCGCCGGCCAGAUCUGUUAGUGAAGAUGUAAGGAGUGAAAGAAGGUGAAUCCAUGUUUGAUCUACUGCUCUCUUUUGCAAUAGGCAAAUCCAGCAAAUUGUAUUUGUAUUCACUACCAAAGUCAACAAACUUAAUUGUCAUUAAAUAUAUUGUGCUUGAUAACUGUUCUACAUUCUGUUCUCCAUUUGUAGAUCACAUCGUAGAGUUGAUGAUACACCUCGUUUUACUCCCACACAUAAAUACAAUGUUUGGGAAGAUGAUCGCCAUAGUACUGGAGCAACACCAAGAUUCUCCAAAGGAAAACGUAAGAACUUGACUGGCAUCUUACACCAUUUUACAUACAGAAAGUUCUCAAAAAUGAUGAAAUUAUGUAUGUUGUGUUCAAUGCUACAACUUCCUGUGGGAAUGAAAUGCAAAACAAUUUUUGGGUUUAAGUACAGACUGUCACCUACAGUAUAUAAGAGAUACACUUCCUGAGAGGCAGUUAGCCCAAAGUCAGUCUCCUGUAGGGAAGAAAAGGGUAUUUUAUGAUGGGUUGUAUUCUGGGCCCAGUUGUUCGAAGGCUGAUUAGUGUUUACCCCAGGGUUAAAUUUAACCCAGGUUUCUUUUUCUUGUGUUCAAAAGCAUUUUCUCGGAAAAUUUUCUCUGUUAUUUUUAGAGCUUCCAAUCAUCAACUUGUAGACAAAAAGAAUUAAAACUGAAAUGUUUUUUAAGCUUUUAAAUCUGAAUUUAAACCUGGCACUAACCCUGGGUAAUUUUAACCUAGCUUUGAACAACUUGGCCCAGGUUCUUUAGGGCUAGGUUGGCAGCAAUUGGUCAAUAAUAAUAAGAAAUUAUGAUCACAUUCCACACAGCUAAAAAUGUACAUGCCAUCAAUGUGUUUUUAGGAUCUGAUGUUAGGCAUGAAUCACAAUUUCCAUCAGAUGUUGACAGGGAAGAGUGGGAAGAAGAACAAAAGGUAAUUAUUACUUGCCCAAAAUCAAGUUUUUAUCACGGCAUUUGAAAAGUAUGGCAUUUUAGCCAUAGUCCAGUCGUAUCAUUAUGAAAGGUGGAUGUAUAAAAUUAUGUUGAACAUUAUGUAGUCAAUAUAACAUUAAUAAUAAUUAUAAUAAUGAUAUUAAUUUGUAUUAGUGCUAUUCAGCUAAUCUUCCAUAAUUGAGCCUAUUAUCGAGAAUCUUAGAUUCCUAUAAGAUAUACAAUGAUGUAAUAUUAUAUAAUGGAGUCUCUUUAAAUUUACUGACUAUUACUGUAAUUGUGUUUACAUUUUCACAGAGACUUGACCGUGCCUGGUAUGACAUGGAUUCUGGUUACGAUGAAACACACAAUCCAUUUGCCGAUGUUAGUGAAGAGUACACUAAAAAGAAGGAAGAAAACAUGGCAAAGAAAGCAGUCAAAAGAAUGUCUGCUCAGCAGCGUCAGAUCAAUAAGGUAUAUACACAAAAAGUAACUAGUAUCAAAUAAUUUCAAUUGAGCACUUGUUUUCAUGGUCAUUGUUUUAUUAUUAUUAUUAUUAUUAUUAUUAUUAUUAUUAUUAAUAUUAUUAUUAUUAUUAUUAUUAUUAUUAUUAUUGAUGCUUUAUUACAACAUCACAGAAGGUUCACGUGGUUCAUGUCUAUGUAUGUAUAUUCAACUACUUAAUAUUUUGACCAUUAUGGGUUGAAGUUAAUCUAACUUGGAUUUUUUUUCUUUAGGAUAAUGACUUGUGGGAGACUAACAGAAUGUUAACAAGUGGUGUAGUACAAAAAUUAGAGGUUGAUGAUGAUUUUGAAGACGACCAAGAAGCCAAAGUCCAUUUGUUGGUCCACAACAUUGUUCCACCCUUCCUGGAUGGACGAAUUGUCUUCACAAAACAACCAGAACCUGUUAUUCCAGUCAAGGUAUUUAAAUAACCCAGGCUCUACAUUUACAAGUGUGGUGGAGGAGUUAAUCUCAGGACUACCAAGACUUCCUCAAAUACUCCUAGAGUCCGGGUGGGAUUUCAUCUUGGGACCUUCAGAUUUCAAGGCCAAUGCUCCAACUGCUUGGCCAUGCAUGCUGCCAUCUAGGCAUUAUCUCCAGGAGUAGGGUGAUGAAUUUUCAGUUUCUAAGCAAACAAAACUAACCUGGUCUUAGCGUCAAAUGAAGGCAUUGAUGUUCUUCCAUUAAUUAUACCUUUUAACAAUUGGGUGUUAAUUAUUUUAAUAGCAACCUAAGUAGCAAUAACAAGUUAUUAAUUUUUAUUGUUUGCAUGAUUGUUUGAUUGAAAGUUACAAUGUCAUCAUACAUUUGCACAGAGUUACAUGCACAAUGUAACUGACCAAAUGUGUACAUCUUUACUUAAUUGUAGGAUUCCACCUCUGACAUGGCCAUGAUUUCUAGAAAAGGCUGCCAUGUCGUACGCCUGCACAGAGAGCAGAAAGAACGACAAAAAGCUCAGCACAAGGAUUGGGAACUUGCUGGCACUAAACUGGGUAACAUUUUGGGAGUGAAAAAAGAACAAGAGGAGGUACCUUAACUUUCAUUGCAUGAGGAAGCUAAAGCUAGGAUACACAUAUAUUUUGACAGUUUUGCCUUGGCCAGCUCACACUUUUUGUGGCUAUGUUACAGAACUCAAAAUUUAGAAUAAUCAACUCCAUAGCAAUGAUCCUUGCCUACAGAGGCAUUUUUCAAGUGGUUCCAUCAUUCAGUAAAUGUGCUAAACAUUUGUAAUCUAACUUAUAAUGACCUUGUGGUUUUUGCUUGUUGUUUAAGGAUGAUCAAGGAGGUGAAGAAGAUUAUAAAGACAACCAAAAGUUUGCUGAACACAUGAAGGACAAGAGUGAGGCGAGCAGCGAGUUUGCUGCUAAGAAAACAAUCAGAGAACAAAGACAGUAUUUGCCCAUAUUUGCGAUAAGAGAGGAGGUAUGA